AUGUGUGGCAUAUGGGCUACAUUUGGAUGUGUAGGUGACCUGUCCUCACAAUACAAAGAAGCGUACAAAAUAGCUCAUCUUGGUCACGAUGAUUUCCGAUUAGAAACCAUUUACCAAUUUCCUUCGUGUUGUCUUGGAUUUUAUCGCCUUGCUAUCCUGGACGUUCAUCAUGGAAUGCAACCGAUGAGAGUUUCCAAGCAUCCUCACAUUUGGCUUAUCUAUAAUGGAGAGAUUUAUAACCAUAUGGAUCUACGGGAGCAGUACAACUUCCAGUAUGACACUAAUUGUGACGGAGAGGUCAUCAUCCAUCCAUAUGUCCAAGGCGGGAUUGAGUUUGCAGCCAAGCAUUUAGACGGAGUGUUCGCCUUCUGUCUCCUUGACACCGCCAACAGGAAGGUCUACAUUGGCAGGGACACAUUCGGUGUGAAGCCGCUGUUUCGCAUUCUUACGGCAGAUGGUGUAUUAUCAUUGUGUUCUGAACUGAAAGGUUUGAUGGAUAUCGUUGACCACCAAUCUAAAUCCAAGAUUCAACACUUGCAUCCCGGCCAUUUGGAAUCUUACAGUCUCGACAGUAAAUGCCAGGUCUCUUUUGAUAACCUGUUGAAAUUUCAUGAAAUAGGUGACAUCCCUUCUCAUGGAUUUUCGCAGCCAAUAAUAGGUGUGGAUACCAAAGCCAACAUCAGAACUCUCUUGCAAAGGGCUGUUAGCAAGAGAAUGAUGUCGGAACGUCGUAUCGGGUGCUUGCUAUCAGGUGGUGUAGAUUCUAGCUUAGUGACUGCGUUGUUAGUUAGUUUGGCGAAGGAGAGAGGCUUACCAUACCCUAUACAGACAUUUUCUAUCGGUAUGAAGGAAAGUCCAGACCUAAAAGCUGCAAGAAAGGUGGCUAAACAUUUGGGAACAGAACAUCAUGAGAUUGUUUUUACACCAGAAGAGGGGAUUGCCGCUAUUGAUAUUUUCAUUAUGUGGAUCAAGAUGUCCUUUUCUACUUAUACAGCUAUGUAUCUACUAUGCAAGUACGUGAAGCAAACAACAGAUACAACAGUGAUUUUGUCUGGAGAGGGAGCAGAUGAGGUCGCCCAGGGGUACAUAUACUUCCAUAAAGCGCCCUCUGUCGAGGAAGGUGACAUUGAGAGCAGACGACUCUGUAAAGACAUAAGCAUGUUUGACAUUCAAAGAGUGGAUAGAAUGUCGGCAGCUUUUGGGCUGGAGAUACGAGUCCCUUUCCUCGAUCAUCAUUUUAGCUCUUACUACCUCUCACUUGAUCCUGAAAUAAAGUCCCCGCAAAACGGCGUAGAGAAGCAUUUACUUCGGUCCGCCUUUGACGACACUGAUUUAGUUCCUCGGGAUAUCUUAUGGAGACCAAAGGAAGGAUUCAGUGACGGCCUUUCCUCGCAAGUCAAGUCUUGGUUCGAAAUCUUACAAGAUGUCGUGGAGGAAAACAUAAACGACUUUCAACUUGAUGAUUGCAUUCAGCGGUAUCCCAAUAACAAUCCUUUCAGCAAAGAGUCUCUAUACUACCGACAGAUAUUUGAAAAGUUCUACCCUGGACAAGGCCAUUUGAUACCCUAUUUCUGGAUGGCGAAGUGGUCAACUUCCUUAGACCCGUCCGCGCGGACACUGAAGCAUUACGAGCAAUGA